AUGAAAGAAAGCAUUUUGAGCAUAUACAACAGAGCGAGGGUUCCAUUGCGGUCAAUCGCAGAUUCGCUUUUUAAGUCACAACCACAAUACCAUGGACGAAGAAUUGGUCCCGACCGAUUGGAGUAUUCUCGAACUCUUACAACUUCAAAUGGUCAUGAAGUUUUGUGGCACAGCGCAGAAUCAAUUACCAGGUCCAUGCAGAUACAAAUUAUUGAUGCACUACGCUUGGGUGAGAGAGGCAAAGCUUCCAAUCUGCUUUUGAAUCUUGGCCAUGGGAAUGAUUCGUUAAGAGCUGAUGAUUUCAUCUAUAUUCUUAAUUACUGUGCUAAGUCACCUGAUCCAUUGUUUGUCAUGGAGACUUGGAGAAUAAUGGAUGAAAAAGAGAUUAGCCUGAAUAACAUAUGCUCUUUGCUUAUGGUGCAAGCUCUAUGUAAAGGAGGAUAUUUGGAGGAGGCAUUUAAGUUGAUAAAUUUCCUUGGAGAAAGUCCUGGCAUCUAUCCGGUUCUACCUAUCUACAACAGUUUCUUAAGGGCUUGUGCCAAAAUGCAGAGUAUAAAAAAUGCCAAUCAGUGUUUGGACUUGAUGGAGCAUCAAAUGGUGGGGAAGAAUGAAGUUACAUAUUCAGAGCUUCUCAAGCUUGCAGUUUGGCAGCAAAACCUGCCUGCGGCCCAUGAAAUUUGGAAGGAUUAUAUCAAACACUACAGUCUGAGCAUUAUUCCUCUACGGAAGUUUAUUUGGUCUUUUACUAGAUUGGGAGAUUUAAAAUCUGCGUAUGAGAAGUUGCAAUAUAUGGUGACUUUAGCCAUCAGGGGAAACACUUAUGUUAAUAAAACUUCUGAAGGAAAGUUGUAUUCGCCAAGACUAGACAUUCCUAUACCUUCAAUCUGUGAAUUGGACUUGAAGAAACUUGAUUUGGAGGAGAAUAAACAUUCUGUUCCUUCCAUAUACUGUGAGAAUUUGGACGGCCAUGCUGUUAAUGCAGAGUGCACUGCUUUUGGCUUGGGAGUUGGAGAAGUUGAAAAUGUUCGAAUGGAUAUGCUUGAUAUACAUAUAAGCCAGCCUGUUAUGAAAAUUUUGAGAUGGUCGUUUAGUGAUGUUAUUCAUGCUUGUGCACGAUUAAGAAAUGGUGGCUUGGCAGAACAGUUGAUCCUACAGAUGCAAAAAUUUGGGUUGCAACCGUCAAGCCAUACAUAUGAUGGCUUUGUCAGAGCAGUUACUUCUGAGCGAGGUUUCAGUAGUGGAAUGGAAAUUUUAAGAAUUAUGCAGCAGAGAAAUUUGAAGCCGUAUGAUUCUACUCUGGCAAACCUUUCUAUAGGUUGCAGCAAAGUGCUAGAAUUGGAUUUCGCUGAGGCUCUGCUGGAUCAAAUAUCUGAAUGUUCAUAUCCACAUCCUUUCAAUACUUUUCUUGCAGCAUGUGACACGGUGGAUCAACCUGAACGAGCAGUGCAGAUGUUGGCUAAAAUGAAAAAAUUAAAAGUUAUGCCUGAUAUUAGGACAUAUGAGCUGCUGUUUUCGUUAUUUGGUAACGUGAAUGCCCCAUACGAAGAGGGCGACAUGUUGUCACAGGUGGAUGCUGCUAAACGCAUUAAUGCUAUAGAAAUGGAUAUGGCAAGAUAUGGUAUUCAGCACAGUUAUUUAUCAAUGAAGAACUUGUUGAAAGCGCUUGGAGCAGAGGGGAUGAUAAGAGAGCUGAUCCAGUAUUUGGACGUGGCAGAGAAUAUAUUUUGUCGUAAUAACAUUUAUCUGGGAACACCUAUUUAUAAUACAGUGCUGCAUUCACUUGUUGAGGCUAAGGAAAGUCAAAUGGCAAUUAAGAUAUUUAAAAAUAUGAAGUCAUUUGGUUUCCCGGCAGAUGCUGCGACUUAUCACAUAAUGAUUGAUUGUUGUAGCAUUCUAGGAUGUUACAGAUCUGCUUGCGCAUUGAUCUCCAUGAUGUUGAGAGAUGGCUUUUAUCCACUAACAGUGACUUAUACCGUUCUCAUAAAGAUUCUGUUGGAAGAUGAUGACAUUGAGGAAGCAUUGAAUCUUUUGGAUCAAGCCAGUUCAGAACGCAAUGAACUUGAUACCUUGCUAUUUAAUACCAUUCUUGAAAAAGCCUGUGAAAAGGAAGUGAUUGAGGUAGUUGAAUUUGUCGUUGAGUGGAUGCACCAAGAAAAAGUCCAGCCGGAUCCAGCGACCUGCCAUUUUGUUCUCUCUGCAUAUGCCAACAGUGGUUUUCACAGCACGGCCAUGGAAGCGCUGCAGGUUUUGAGUAUGCGCAUGAUAUGUGAAGAAGAUGGCAGCUUUCCAGAAAAGGCAGAAUUUGAGGAUGACUUCAUCUUUGCUGAAGACACGGAAGCUGAAUCACGAAUAGUACAGCUUUUUAAAGAUUCUGAAGAGAAGCUUGCUGUUGCCCUUUUGAAUCUAAGAUGGUGCGCCGUGCUUGGCUUCCCAAUUUCAUGGUCACCUAAUCAAAGCCCAUGGGCCAGAAGGCUGUCAUCUAACUACACUGCCAGGAAAGGAGCCACCUAA